UAUUUUGUAAGCUGUGACUUUUGAACAGGAAGUGUCUGCCUGAAAUGCUCCAGUCUUCUCUGUAGCAGGAGUGUCAGGGGUCAUUUAAAGUUCGUGGCGUGCCUGUGUGGUUCUGGUGAAAAUGUCCGCGGUGAUUCCUCGUAUCGAGCAGCUGUCAUCGAGAGUGGUGCGUGUUUUGGGCUGUAACCCGGGGCCCAUGACACUGCAGGGCACCAACACAUACCUGGUCGGGACAGGCAGAAGGCGAGUGUUAAUUGAUGCAGGGGAGCGCGCGGUACCGGAGUAUAUUGUCAAUCUGCGCGAGGCUCUGAAGCAGCACGACACGUCCAUACAGCACAUUAUAGUCACACACUGGCAUCACGACCACACUGGAGGAGUGCAGGAUAUACUCUCAAACUUUCACACAGAUUCAGAGCUGAGGGUCAGUAAACUCCCUCGGUGUCCUCCACAGGAAGAAGUGAUUGGAGAACAGAAUAAAUAUUUCUAUGUCAGUGAUGGUGAUGUGAUAAAGACUGAAGGGGCAACAUUACGGGUGCUGUCUACUCCCGGACACACAGAUGAUCACAUGGCAUUAUUCCUGGAGGAGGAGCAAGCUGUGUUUUCAGGUGACUGUAUUCUUGGAGAGGGAACGGCCGUGUUCGAGGACCUCCAUGAUUACAUGAAGUCACUGCAGAAGCUCCUCAGCAUGAAGGCUGACCUCAUAUAUCCAGGUCAUGGUCCAGUGGUCCAAGACGCAUGUUCUAAGAUCUGUGAGUACAUAACUCACCGCAAUGCAAGAGAACAGCAGAUCCUAAACGUUCUGCAGGAGAACAGCGGAAAUGCGUUCACCUCCAGCGAGCUGGUUAAAGUGGUGUACAAGGUUCAGCUCUUUUCUAAAUGAUCUUAAUGCUUUAAUUAGACUGAAUCAAAAAGCAUUUACAUUUGUAGUAUUUAAAUUUUAAUAAGUGUCAAACCUGCAAUCCAUAAGGAGAGAAAAUAAAACAACAGAUAUAAAGUGGGGACCAAAAGUAUAAG